CCUUAAAUUGCAGUCAGAAUUAACUGAAUCCCACGAGGAGCUCACUGACUAGACAGAAAUGCAGACUGAGAAUUUGAUGUAUGAAGAUUUACAGGGCAACCAAGAGGCUAAUGUUACUACUACAAGUCUGGAGUCUGAGAAUGUAGAAGUUUCAUUAGUUCUCAGAAAAGGUCAUGGAAAAAUUAAAUACAAAUUGUAAGUAUCUUUAACCUAAGAAACAUACCCUUUUAAAAGAUAAUGAUACUUUCUAGUAUUAUCUUAACUUUGUUAGGUUUUAAGGAUUGCUUUUGUGGGUUUUUUUAAGUUUAAAAAAUUGUUUUAAAAAAUUAUCUUUUCUGGUAAAAAAGCAAGACUUUGCAAUCAAAAACUAUAAGGAUAAAUUUUCCAUGCAUCUUCUGAAGCUACCCCUAAUCAGAAAGCUAAAAUCAAAACAAGUUAAACACAUCCUUCCUUUGAAGAACUAUUUGAAGAAAAAUGCUGUUGUAAAACUAAGUUAAAUAUUUAAAGCUACAUUUCACCCUCUUCAUCACAGAUGUCAGCUUGAUGAAGAUGAAUUCUUUCCCUUAAAGUUUGGACAGAAAGAUAUAAAAAUUAUUUUCUUCCCUAGACUUUACGAAAUUACCAGCAGUUACCUAAUCUAAAUGGUCCCUAGUUAAGUCAUUAUUGUCACCAAAGGAGUUAAUUUAUGUCUGAUUUCUAUGCAAGAGAAUUACUUUAGAGAUCUUGUGUUUAAAUUGUUAUAAUUUUAAAAUGUUGUCUUGUUUAAAUUAAGUACUUAUUUAUUUAUGUGCUGAAAAAAAUAUGUACAAUGUAAUUUAAAAAAAAAAUUCAAUUAAUUUAGAUCUAUAAAAGAUUCUUAUCUCAUCUAAUCAUCUCUUAUCUUAUCAAAUGUGGCGUAGAAAAGAAAUAAAAAAUCUUGGCAAUGGCUGGAGUAUUCGGGCAGUUCAGCGCAUGGAUGGCAGGAAAGCUGGCAAAUAUGAAAUCUAUUAUUACAACAGGUAUUUCCGUUCUAGACAUGUAAUUAAAAUUUGUACAGAGGUUAAUAAAGCCAAGCAUUCAUUAAGAAUGUACAUUUAAUCUUCAGGGCGUAUAAUUAUACAUUUAAAAACAAAAUAAAACAGAGGAAAACUCUACAUUUAUUUUUUUUUUAAAUGAGAACCACUGAUUCUUGAAACAGUGACUAUUCCUGAACUUUUAGGUUGUUCAAAAGAAAACUUUGGUCAAAAAGUGGGAUACUAAAGAUGAUUGAAAGAACUGGCCUAGAAGUAGACAUGAGCUUGUUCGAGUUCAGUCAGAACAAAUUAAAGGAAAGAGGAA